GCUUUUGCCAUUAAGCACUUGUCGCUGGUCCUAAGUAACCGUUUGUUCUCUCCCUCUCAACUUUCACACACACACGCAAUUCCACAACACCAUUUUCACACCAUGACCGUGUGAAGAAGUUUUGGACCAAAUUUGAAGGAAGAAGUAAUCAAUGGAAGCCAAGUUGGCAUCAAGCUUUCUAGGCCAAAGAUGGUGGUGCUAUGGAGGAGGAGGGCUCGACUACUGUAAGCAGGGGAAUGUGCGGUUCUGCCCUUCAGUUUCUCAUCGUUUCGUCCCAGCUUCUUGCAAAAUGCGCCAGCGGAAUCACAGUAGGCCUUGAAAUAUGUACAGUUCCCAAAAUAAAAGACAGCAAGCGAAGAAGUUAUAUCCUGAUCGUCCCACAGGUGUGAAUUUCCCUGCAACCAGUGACGAAGAUUCUGAUAUGGAAAACUUCUCCAAUGAUGGCAUCACAAGCUUAAAAGAGACAGCAGAUGACCUUGAUGCUGCUGAAAAAGCUGAGCAAACUGAUAAUCCCACUAGUGAUGAUUUGCUGGCAACCAGUGGUGAAGAUUCUGACACAGAGAAGUUCUCCAAAAAUGGCAUCACAAUCUUGAAAGAUACAGCAGAUGACCUUGAUGCUGAGCAAACUGAAAUACUUCCCAACAACAACAUCACAGGUUUGAAAGGUGAUGCCAAUGGUAUGGAUUUUGCAUCAGAAGCUGAGCUGUCAAAUGAGAAUAUGAGCUUGACUCUGCUCAAUGAGAUUAGACCUGUGUCAAUUGCUGCUAAUGGUGAGGAUGAGCUUUCAAAUGUUCAUCUUUCAGGUUUAAUUGGGAUGAUUAGAAAUGCUGAAAAAAAUAUCCAUCUACUCAACCAUGCUCGGAUUACCGCUCUUGAAGAUCUUGAAAAAAUUCGUAGUGAGAAAGAGGCUUUACAGGGGAAGAUGAAUGUUUUGGAGAUGAAACUUGCAGAAACUGAUGAGAAGCUCAGAGUUGCUGCACAACAAAAGAUGCAUGUGGAACUCCUUGAAGAUCAGUUGGAACAAUUACGAAAUGAGUUGCUUGCUAGGGGUGAUAAUGAAGGCAGUAUGCAUGACAAGCAUGUCUCCCUGCCUUUUUCUCUCAGUGAGGAGCUUGAUGUACUGAGAACUGAGAACUUGUCCCUAAAGAAUGAUCUUCAAGCACUAAAAGCAGAUCUUGGAGAUAUUAAGGGAACAGAUGAACGUGUUCAGAUGUUAGAGAGAGAAAAAUCGUUUUUGGAGUCUUCAUUGAAAGGGUUGGAUAAUAAACUUGCUGCAUCUCAGGAAGACGUUUCAAAAUUAUCUAUGUUGAAGUUUGAAUGCAAAAAUUUGUAUGAAAAGGUAGAGCACUUGCAAACAUUACUUGAUAAGGCAGCCAAACAGGCAGACCAAGCUAUUUUUGUCCUGCAAGAAAACCAAGAACUACGAAAGAAGGUUGACAAGCUUGAAGAAUCUGUUGAAGAGGCUAAUGUCUACAAGCUAUCAUCAGAGAGAUUACAACAUUAUAAUGAUCUAAUGCAGCAAAAACUAAGAAUUCUUGAUGAACGGCUUCAAAAGUCUGAUGAAGAGAUUCAUGGUUAUGUUCAGUUGUAUCAAGAUUCUGUAAAAGAAUUUCAGGAUACACUCAGUAAUCUAAAAGAAGAAAGCAAAAGAAGAGCAGAGGAUGAACCUGUCAAUGAUAUGCCUUGGGAAUUCUGGAGUCAGUUAUUGCUUAUGAUUGAUGCUUGGUUGCUUGAAAAGAAGAUAUCAACUGAUGAUGCCGGGCUCUUGAGAGAAAUGGUAUGGAAGAGAGAUGGACAUAUUUGCAAUGCAUACAUGUCAUGCAAGGAAAAGAAACAACAUGAAAUAAUCUCUACGUUUCUACGGCUAAUUUCAUCCCCUAAAAGUUCAGAGUUGCAUGUCAUUCACAUUGCAGCUGAGAUAGCACCUGUUGCAAAGGUUGGUGGUCUUGGUGAUGUGGUGACUGGGCUCGGUAAAGCUUUACAAAGGAGAGGGCAUCUUGUGGAGAUUAUUCUUCCUAAAUAUGAUUGCAUGCAGUAUGAGCUUAUUCGUGAUUUAAGAGCUUUAGAUGCAGUGGUUGAGUCAUACUUUGAUGGUCGGCUACACAAAAACAAGAUCUGGACUGGCACCGUUGAAGGUCUUCCUGUCUAUUUUAUUGAGCCUCAUCAUCCAGGAAAUUUCUUCUGGAGAGGACAAUUUUAUGGUGAACAUGAUGAUUUUAAGCGGUUCUCAUUCUUCAGUAGGGCAGCACUUGAGUUACUUAUUCAAGCUGGCAAGAAACCAGAUAUAAUCCAUUGCCAUGAUUGGCAGACAGCUUUUGUGGCUCCGCUAUAUUGGGAUAUUUAUGCACCAAAAGGUUUGAAUUCAGCUCGGCUAUGUUUUACAUGCCACAAUUUUGAGUAUCAAGGGACUGCGCCAGCUUCAGAACUAGCAUCAUGUGGUCUUGAUGUUCACCAUUUAAAUAGACCAGAUAGAAUACAAGACAAUUCCGCACAUGACAGGGUCAAUCCCAUUAAGGGAGGAAUUGUGUUCUCUAACAUUGUAACAACUGUUUCACCGACCUAUGCCCAAGAGGUGCGGACUGCUGAGGGAGGACGAGGCCUUCAUGCUACACUGAACUCUCAUGCUAAAAAAUUUGUGGGAAUUCUCAAUGGAAUAGAUACUGAUGCAUGGAAUCCUGCUCGUGACACUUUUCUCAAAGUACAGUACAGUGCCUUUGAUACUCAAGGGAAAACUGAAAAUAAAGAAGCUUUAAGAAGAAAGCUAGGUCUUUCUUCUGCCAAUAUUGGACAGCCUUUGGUUGGAUGCAUCACAAGGUUGGUUCCUCAAAAAGGUGUGCAUCUUAUUAGGCAUGCACUGUAUCGAACGCUGGAACUAGGAGGCCAAUUUAUCCUUCUUGGAUCAAGCCCUGUGUCACAUAUUCAGAGGGAAUUUGAAGACAUAGCCAACCAGUUUCAGAGUCAUGAAAAUGCAAGAUUGUUAUUGAAGUAUGAUGAGUCUCUAGCUCGUUUUAUAUAUGCUGCGUCUGACAUGGUUGUCAUUCCCUCCAUCUUUGAACCUUGUGGCCUUACACAGAUGAUUGCAAUGAGAUAUGGAUCCAUCCCAAUUGUGAGGAAAACUGGAGGUCUAAAUGACAGUGUUUUUGAUGUUGAUGAUGACACAAUACCUGAAGAGUUCAGAAAUGGAUUCACAUUUUUGACGGCUGAUGAGCAGGCAUUUAACAAUGCCUUGGAACGUGCCUUUUUCCACUAUAAGAACAAUAGUGAAUUUUGGCGAAAACUUGUUCAAAAGGUUAUGAGGAUUGACUUUAGCUGGGACUCGUCAGCUUCUCUAUACGAGGAGCUUUAUGAAAAGUCUGUGGCAAGAGCUAGGGCUGCAAAUCGUGCCUAAUACUGGCAUGAACCCUUUUCUUUUCAUCUGCUGCAACUGAUGUCCAGACUAGCUGUGCGCUGGUAAUUUUUUGCUUGACCAGCAUGCGUAAUACUCAGAAGGCAUACCUGACAUGCCUACAAUGGGAGCUGAUAGAAGUACAUUGGCAUCCUGCCUCUGGAUCACAUCAGCAGUAUGAGUGGGACCAGAUCGAAUCUAAAAUUUUUUUGUUGACACAAUCUUUACUCUGUAGAUGAAUUACAUCAUGUUAGUAUAUACUUGGAUUACUUUUUUAGUUUGUAAAACCUAUAUAAUGCUAGGUUUAAAGUUUGAGAAUGUACAGAUAACUGAUUUACAGAGGCACAUCAAGUGAAAUCCGAAGAUCAAAUACUUGUAAAGAGCUUUUAUCUACUUCCACAAUUGAAGGGUUUCUUGUGCA